CACUAAUACCGGCCCUUAUGUUGAUGGUAAGUUACUGGUGUUUGUGUCAGGGAGCACACUAAUACCGGCCCUUAUGUUGAUGGUAAGUUACUGGUGUUUGUGUCAGGGAGCACACUAAUACCGGCCCUUAUGUUGAUGGUAAGUUACUGGUGUCUGUGUCAGGGAGCACACUAAUACCGGCCCUUAUGUUGAUGGUAAGUUACUGGUGUUUGUGUCAGGGAGCACACUAAUACCGGCCCUUAUGUUGAUGGUAAGUUACUGGUGUUUGUGUCAGGGAGCACACUAAUACCGACCCUUAUGUUGAUGGUAAGUUAUUGAUAUUUGUAUCGGGGAACACCUCUCAGAGUAGCCUUCAAAAUAAGAAUGGAGGACCACUGCAGGAGGCCUACUGGCCUACCAACCAUUCCCACCCACCCACUUGUCCAACCCACAUUUAAUAUCAUCACCACCUUACGAUACCACGUAUCGUACGCAGGUGUGACACGCCACCCGGUGAGAGACGCUGGCGCAGCUUGGUCGCUCCUGGAACGCGGACAGACGAGUCGCAGCGUAGCAAGUACGGCGACCCACUCGCGCUCCUCGAGGUCACACGCCUUGUUGACCUUAGAUGUGACCCAACCAGCAGCUCAUACACGUUCCACCCUGACCUUAGUUGACCUUGCUGGCAGUGAACGAGCGAGUGAGAGGAUAGAGAAAACCCGGUUAACUGAAGGAGCCAGCAUUAAUCGGUCCCUGGUAACCCUUGGCAACGUUAUCUCUGCACUAGGUAACCAGCUGAUUACAUACGAUUUCUUUCCUAAGUGGGCACUUAGCUGCGAGAGUAUGAAGAGUACCCUUGCAGUUAAGACAUGUUGGAACAGUGGCAGUGGUGUAGGGUUUGAAAUCAUGCCCUUCUUUUCCACAUUUAUGAACGCUUGCACAGCUGAGCAAGAAUUGGCUCUCUGUUUUCAACCAGGGCUGGUUCUCUUCUUGGAUCGAACUUAUUCCCUGACCAGCAACUGCGGUCACACCUACCUAUGCCCCACUCCCAGCUCCACGCUACAGCCCACGCCCAGCCUCUACCUACGCCCACCCACAUAG